UUCAUGUAGGUGUGUGAUGAGUGUUGGCCUGAUUGAGUGCCAGUGGAGGGAUGAAGAGAACAGCGGACUGUCACGCGUGUCCAGCAUGCGCACAUACAGCUCUGCGCGUCUCAUCUCAUCAUGACCGGGACUCACCUCGACUAUAACGUCUGUCCUUGAAUUGUACAGUUCUUGGAUUUGUGGUCUACUGGGACUUUCAGGACCUUUUAUUUCUCGUAAUAUUGUUUUUAACAGCUUCUUUGUUGAGCUGUAUAAAAAGUUGAAGAGAGCAGCUUUUGGUUUGCUGUUUGACUGAUUUCCUACAGAAGAUGCGUGUCAUCAUUUGUUGAAAGUCCUAAGGAGGAAGAAUAACACAAACAACGACCAGCACAAAAAACAAGCUAAUUUAUUCAAGGAUCCGCGCUUAGACUAAAAGGAAACAAACAUGUCCAGCAGGAGCAUCGAGUGGGAGCAUUUCGAGGAGCGGGAGAAGAGUCACCGGUCCCCGCGGGGCAGUGGCGGUUCUCAUUCCGGCUCGCGGGGUAACGGGCUCGUUCCCAGUCCCGCUCACAGUGCGCACUGUAGUUUCUACCGCACACGCACACUGCAGUCACUCACCUCCGAGAAGAAAGCGAAAAAAGUUCGCUUCUAUCGGAACGGUGAUAAGUACUUCAAGGGCUUGGUGUACGCGGUGUCCAGUGACCGCUUCAGAUCGUUCGACGCGCUGCUGAUGGAGCUCACCCGCUCCCUCUCGGACAAUGUGAAUUUACCGCAAGGAGUCCGGAACAUCUAUGCUAUGGAAGGGGGGAAGAAGAUCACCAGCCUGGAUGAGUUACUAGAAGGUGAAAGCUAUGUGUGUGCUUCUAAUGAACCCUAUCGUAAAGUGGACUACACUAAGAAUGUCAAUCCCAACUGGUCAGUCAACGUGAAGACGGGCACAUCCCGCUCGAUGCCAUCUCUCAUCACCUCAAAGAAUGAGCUGAGAGAACGAGAGAGCAAAGACUUCAUCAAACCCAAGUUGGUGACGGUCAUCAGGAGUGGCGUCAAACCCCGCAAAGCCGUCCGGAUCCUCCUGAAUAAGAAGACGGCUCACUCCUUUGAGCAGGUGCUCACGGACAUCACUGACGCCAUUAAACUGGAUUCUGGUGCUGUGAAAAGACUCUAUACUCUGGAGGGCAAACAAAUUACAUGUUUGCAAGAUUUUUUCGGGGACGAUGACGUGUUCAUCGCGUGCGGCCCUGAGAAGUACCGUUACGCACAGGACGAUUUUGUGUUGGAUCACAGUGGUAAGGCUUCCACAGCCUUUAUAACCGAAUGUCAGGUCCUCAAGUCCUCCUAUUCUCCUCGUUCUGCUCCCCCUGUGAGAUACUCUGGUAGUAAAAGUCCAGGACCCACCCGCCGCAGCAAAUCCCCUGGAUCUGUGAGAAGAACAGCAGGACACUUCUCUACAAAUAGUCAGUCUCCUGUCAAAUCACCAAUAAACGGAGUACCAAACAGCCAAAUCACUACCCCCAAAUCCGCCAAAUCCUCCAGUUCCUCCCCGACCAGCCCCCGCAGCAUGCGCAACUUCAAGUUUAGUUGCAACAAGCGGAUGGGAGUCCCCCUCCGUCUCUCUGUACAGAUUCCUGCACAUCACUCCUCUGCAACCAAUGUGAACGGCUCCUCUGAGACUCCUCAACAACACAACAACAGUGUGAGCCCUGAAGUUAAUGGAAACAGGAACCUUGCUGCUUCCACUAUUUUGGACAAGUACAAAAUUGGCAAAGUUAUAGGUGAUGGGAAUUUUGCUGUGGUGAAGGAGUGUGUCGAACGAGCCACUGGAAAGGAGUUUGCACUGAAGAUCAUUGAUAAAAACAAGUGCAGAGGCAAAGAGCACCUGAUCGAGAAUGAGGUGGCAGUGUUGAGGCGUGUUAAGCAUCCUAAUAUCAUCAUGCUGAUUGAGGAGGUGGAUACGCCCACUGAGCUCUAUCUAGUCAUGGAACUUGUGAAGGGUGGAGAUCUGUUUGAUGCAAUCACCUCCUCAACAAAAUACACUGAAAGAGAUGCCAGUGUAAUGGUAUUCAACUUGGCGGCAGCUCUCAAAUAUCUGCACAGGAUGUGUAUCGUCCAUCGAGACAUCAAACCUGAGAAUCUGCUGGUGUGUGAGUACCCUAACGGUACGAAGUCCUUAAAGUUGGGUGAUUUUGGCUUGGCCACAGUGGUUGAAGGGCCGCUGUAUACUGUUUGUGGAACACCCACUUAUGUUGCCCCAGAAAUCAUAGCAGAGUCAGGCUACGGGCUAAAGGUGGACAUAUGGGCAGCUGGAGUAAUUACCUACAUCCUCCUAUGUGGCUUCCCACCUUUCCGCAGUGAGAAUAACCUGCAGGAGGACCUGUUUGAUCAGAUCCUUGUGGGGCGUUUAGAUUUCCCAUCACCCUUUUGGGACAAUAUCACAGAUUCUGCUAAAGAGUUGAUUGGUCAAAUGCUGCAGGUGAAUGUGGAAGCCAGAUACACAGCAGAAGAUGUGCUGUCUCACCCCUGGGUCACGGAUGAUGCUGCAAUGGAAAACAAUAUGAAGAUGGAGGUGGCAGGUAAACUCAAAAAGCACUUUAACUCUGUGCAGAAACAGAGCAACACUUCCCCUGGAGUCUCUGUUAUUGUGAACACAGCUCUAGAUAAGGAAACCAUCCAGCUUUCUCGUCGGCGUCAGAACCGCAGCCCCCCACCUCCAGGAAAGAGCCCUUCCUCCACCCACCCAGAGAGACGACGCUCCCAUAAGGGACGCUCAUCUGUCCAAUUGGAGGACUCAAGGAACGCUGCUCCCGUUGAGCCUUUAGCCUCAACAACCCCCAAUGCACCAUCAGCACCUCUGCCCUCCCCUCACUCUGCCCCACCUCCCUACUUCCCAGAAUGCACCACUGAGGCAGAGGCCAGCAAGAGCCUGCCAAAGGAAGAAUAAUAAUACUUAGGGGAAAAAAUAUGGAGACAAUGUCAAAUAUAAAUACAUAUAUAUCAACUCUGCGGAUCUUUGAAACUUAAUACUAGCUAAAAGGCUGGAAUACACUUAAUGAUUUUCCCUACGUGGUCUCACGACAUAAACGUACCUCUGGGGACUUUCUCGCAAGGUGUUUCAUGAGAUCAGGUUGGAUUUUCCCCCUGAUUUGUACAUUCUGGAGAACGUAAGAAACAGUCUGCAGAUUUCACAGAAAACUGUGUAUGAUUAGCACAUAUUACCAUUUCUUUAGUUACAGAUUAUGAUUCCACCAGUUGAGAGAAUAUCAAACAGUGAUAUUUGAGCCGAUUAUAGAACACACAUAUUGUUUAAAUUUGUGUCUCCUUGCAAUGAGGUGUAGAUUCUGAGUGAGUUUGUUGUGUUUGGAAAUACCUGAAAGCAGGGUUACCAGGUCUCCGAAACAAAACUAUACCAGUGACUACUCAAAACUAGCCCAGUAACCCUAUCCCAAGUAUCAAAACUCAAAUGACAUAUUUUACAUAUUAAACAAUACGUAUUUAACAGUCACUGUUCUGUGUUGUACACAGUUUCAUCAAAAAGGAGCUCAAAUAUUCCCUACUAGUUUCUCUUCCUCAGAAAACUUAACAUCAAACUUUUGUAUAGUGUGUAGUUCACCCAAAAUUUUGUCAUCAUUUAUGCACUCUCAAGUUGAUAUUCAAGAAGAUAUUUUGAAGAAUGUAGGUAGACAAAGAGUUUCUUGUCCCUCAUGUUUUUUUCCAUACUAUGGAAGUCAGUGGGGACCAGCAACUUUUUUGUUACCCGCAUUAUUCAAAAUAUCUUUUAUGUUCAGCAGAAGAAGGAAAUUCGUAUACAGUUGAGGUCAAAAGUUUAUGUACACCUUGCAGAAACUGCAAAAUGAUAAUUAUUUUACCAAAAUAAGAGGGUUAAUACAAAAUGCAUGUUAUUUUUUUAUUUAGUACUGACAAAUAAAAGAUGUUUUCAUAUAGUUCACAACAGAAAAUAAUAGUUGAAUUUAUAAAAAUGACCCCGUUCAAAAGUUUACAUACACUUGAUUCUUCUUUUUUGUUUUCUGAAUAAAAUAAAAAAAAAAAAAAUUCCUCAAAAUAAGAAAGAUGUACACAUUUAUUUUGUUCAAAAGUUUUCACCCCCCCUCUUAAUGUUUUUCCUUCUUAACAAUAUAAUAGUUGCAUAUGAGUCUCUCAGUUGUCCUCAGUGAGAAAAGAUGGAUCUCAAAAUCAUACAAUCAUUGUUGGAAAGGGUUCAAUUACACAAAAAUGCUGAAAAACCUAAUUAUUUGUGGGACCUAUAGAAUUUUUUUGAAGAGCAGCAGCCAGUUUAACUGUUCAGGACAAACAAGGGACUCGUGAACAACUAUCACUAAACAAAAAUGCUGUAUUCAAGUAUUAAGAAUCAAGCGUGUGUAAACUUUUGAACGGUGUCACUUUUAUAAAUUCAACUACUGUUUUCUCUUGUGGACUAUGUGGAAACGUCUUUUAUGUGAAAUAUGUUAUUCAGGUCAGUACUAAAGAAAAAAUAACAUGAAUUUUGUAUGAACAUUUUACAGAUUGUGCAAGGUGUAUGUAAACUUUUGACCUCAACUGUAUGUUUUGCAGCAACUGUAAUUGAUUUUCAUUUUUGAGUGAACUAUCCCUUUAACCUGCAGCAACAGCAAUUCCGCCGGAAAACAGUGGACUUGGCAACCCAAUGUGAUCCUUAGUCUUUUAUUAUAUGCUGUCCAGUUUUUCCCCUGUAACAACUUAUAAUGUCAGCAAGUUUAUGAUGCCUAGCAUUUUAAAUUCUAUUCUCUUUUUAAAAAUCAGUUUAGUGUAAUCCAGCUUUUACAUUCAGUACUGUCUGUGUAACGGUCAUCUGCUCGUCUCCCUGCUUUCUUCUUCUUCCAGUUUGGCUUCCGAUUCCAGCACCCAGAGUGAGUUUUAAAAUUUCAUGUGUGUUUGAUUGUAUAUAGGUUCUUUGGAUAUGAAAGAUCCGCUCUGCUUUUGUAUUUGCUGACGGGAACGGCUCACGUCCCGGUUAUGAAUAGCGAAACACUUUUUGGGGUGGAUCUAAGUAUGCUACUGGAAAAAGACUUUGAAACUGGCAAGAAACUUGUCCUGCUGAAACUUGAAAGUACGUUUUCUUUGAGUGUAUGUUUGAAAAUAGACUGCUUGACUUUUUGACUCUGCUGAAGAAACACAAGAAAGCACUUCGCAAUUGUGGGUGUGUGUUUUCUUAAGAGGGUGUGUCUAGCACUACUGUGUUCUGGGGUCAUUUUGCAGUAGUUUAGAGUUGCCUUCAUAUGAGCCAGCAAAGCAGGAAAUAGGGAUUGUUAAUAGUUUUGUUCUUUUGCUAAUUUAUUUGUACAGAUUAGACAAAAUGUGAAAUUGUAUUUUAGAAUAGGUUAGUUUGACAUUUACAAUCCAGAGUCAUUAAGUGCACGAUAUUUUGAUUUCUCUGUUGCAAUAGUAUUAGAUUACAAUCUAAAGUCUUGGAUUAUUCAUCUGUUGUUCCAUGUACUACUUCUGUACUUGUUAUCUCUCUUUGCUUACCAUGGCACUGAUAUCCUGAAACUGUCAGCCUGCAGGGAUUGAUGGAGUUUGUUAAUUAAGGUCUAGGACAUAAUGCACUGCUUUUUUGACAUGCUUUGGAGGUUUUGAGAAAUAUGGCAAUAUUCAGUAUCAUUUCUGGAAGGCUAGAUUUCAUGUUUAAUAGCUGUCAUUUUCUGUUUGUGUUCUUUAUCAUCACAUAAUCAAAGUAAUGCAAUAAAACUCUCUUGCUGUUGUUUA